AUUUUGAUUACCGAGAAAGAAAAGUGAUUUAGGCGGUUGGCGAGGGGAUGUGUGCGAGGUGCGGAAUAUGCAGAUUCCUGUAAAAGGAAAAGGAUAAUUGAUGUGCACGGUGGUUUAUCGGGUCGUUAAACCCUCUUAUAUUGUAAAACCCUAAUUCACACAUCAUAUGUUAAUGUAUUCUAAGGUACAUUCAUCGAACGGAACUGCUGUCGAAAUUGAGCUUCCGGCCACUGCCGCUGUAGAAACAGAGCAGACGGUGGAAGCGCAAGCGGCGCCAAAGAAGGAGGCGGAGCCAGUAGCUGAUCAUUCAACAUGUACGGGUUUUGCUCCGGCUACGACGAUACAUGAGAAGGUACAUUCACCAAUGGCUUCUAAGAUACAUUCAGGGAACGGAACCGCAGCCGGAUCCCCUGAAACCGAGAUUCCCGCCACCGCCGUGGAAGUGGCCCCGGAGAAGGAGGUGAAACCAACAGCUGAUCGCCCAGCUCCGGCUGCGGAAACGACAGUUCCUAAGAAGGAAGAUUGCCUGUUUCGUGUUAUAGUGCCCGCGCUUAAAGCUAAGAGUAUAACUGGACGGAAUGGAAAUCUCAUCAAGAAGAUGUGCGAAGAGACUAAAGCUCACAUUAUUGUAUUGGAAGGACCUGUUUGGCAUCCUGAUCGCAUUGUAGAAAUAUCUGGCAAGGAAGAAAUAGAGGCACCCUUGUCGCCUGCAAUGGAUGCUGUGAUAAGAGUAUUCAAAUGUGUUAAUGGAUUUCCAGAAAAUGAGAGUGAUGGUGUAGCAUCCAUUCCAUUUUCCUCAAUUCGACUACUGUUAACAUCAAUGCAAGCCACGAGUCUGAUUGGGAAUCAAGGAUCCUCAGUCAAUACAAUACAACAGAACAUAGGUUGUUCUGUUCGUAUCCUACCUAGUGAUGAAAUAUCAACAUUAUCCACCAACUCAGCUGAUAGAGUUGUCGAUUUAAAGGGAGAAGGUCUCAAGGUUCUGCAAGCUUUAGAAGCUGUUCUCAAACACCUGCACAUGCUUUUGGUUGAUCAUAGCAUCUCUCCUCUCUUUAUAGCUACCCACAAUGCCACAUCCACAUUAGAAAAACAUCAAGUGCUGACUCAGGUCACUCAAAGGAUAGCGAUAUCAAUACGUAAAGUGGUAGAUAUCAUUGGCAUUGGAGGGAUGAAUAUUGCAAAUAUUGGUCUUAGGAGUGGUGCAAUUCUUACAGUUCAGGAGAGAAAAGGUUUACACAAGGAAAUUGCAGUUGUAAUAAAAGGGACCCACUCACAAGUUAAGACUGCUGGACAACUUUUACAUAUUCAGAUCAAGACUGUAAAGGACCGAGAUAGACCAGCAGUCCUCAACAAGCGGAAUUUUCACCCGCAAGUCGGAAUCACAAGCGCUACUAAAACACCCGUGAAAGUGGAACCACAGAAAGAAGUACCACCAGAGUUGCCUCAAGUACAACCUGCAACUCACCAAUUGCUGCCACCAGGUAAGGAAUCAAAACAAAAUAUGGUUCGAUGGAAUGUAAACAUAGUUAAAACAUUUCUUGAUGCCUGUAUUCACGAGAUCACCAUCAAUGGCUGGGAAAAUGGUGGUUUAAAAGCAGUGUCAUGGAAGAAAGUUGGGGAGAUGCUUAAAGAUAGACAUAACUUUUCUGUUGAUUAUAUACAAAUGAUUAAUUAUUUUUAUGGUCUCAAGAGGAAGUACACAGCAUGGGUAUCACUAAAAAACAAAACCCCCAACAUUUAUGAUCCGUCCACUAACACGUUUAAUUUGACGGACAAAGAAUGGGAGACUGAAAUCAAGAAAAACAAAUGCAUAGAAACAUUGAGAAAGGCUCCCUUACGGUUUCCGGAUCUUUGUGCACAACUUUUUGACAGUGCUACCUUUUUUCAAACCGGCCCAUCAGGUGAACCUCAAGCAGCGGUGCCUCUCAUUCCACCAUCAUCCGGAUCCGAAACAUCACCGCUGUUAGCCGCUACUGAAAUACCACAGGAAGAAGGGAUGGCGUGUAACUCUUUGGUUAAAGUACCACCAGAGUUGCCUCAAGUACAACCUGCAAGUGAACUCAAGGCAGUAGAGGUACCACCAGAAUUGCCUCACGUACAACUUGCAACUGCACUUGAGUCAAUAGAGACUAAAGCCGUGGGGCCCGUGGUGCCUGUUUGUACUGGUGAUUCGAAUGUGGUUGAGGAGGUAAUGGAGAUGGAACCCCAAGUCACUGCCACCCAAUCAGGUGUGGAAAGUAUCGAGGAACCAAAACGAAUUAGGGUUAGUUGGGAAAACAUAAAUGUAGUUAAAACAUUUCUUGAUUCAUGUAUUCAUGAGAUCACCAUCAAUGGCCAAGAAAAUGGUAGUUUAAAAGCAAUGUCAUGGAAGAAAGUUGGGGAGAUGCUUAAAGAUAGACAUAACUUUCCUGUUGAUAGUAAACAAAUGAAAAACUAUUUUGAUGGCCUCAAGACCAAGUACAGAGCUUGGGUAUCACUAAAAAACAAAAACAAAUAUGAUCCUUCCACCAACACGUUUCAUUUGACAGACAAGGAAUGGGAGAUUGAAAUCAAGAAAAAUAAAUGCAUAGAAGCAUUGAGGAAUGCACCCCUACCAUUUCCAGAUCUUUGUGCACAACUUUUUGGAUCCACGGGCAUUAGAAGCUGGGGACUGGGUUUUGCCAAACAUAAACCAGAGACCAACAUCCAAAAGGACACCAUGUCUUUAGCAUCGCCAUCCUCAUCCAUUAUUAUUAAAAACAAACAAAAAGAUUCACAGUUUUCUUCAUCUGGGCUUCCGUGUUUUGGGGCUUCUUCAACUUCACCUUCGAUUUGGAAUACGACUACUGAGGUUAGUUGGCCUUUUUCUACAAGCUGCUUUGGAUCAUCAUCACCAACUACAAUGAAUACUGCUACUAAGACUCUGUCACUCCCUGCAUUUGGUGUAACACCUUCAUCUAGUACUAGUACUACAACUGCUACUCCUGCAUUUGGUGUAACAUCUUCUUCAUCUAUUACUACAAAUGCUACUGGAUCUGUUACUCAAUUCGCAAACCCUACUACUACUGGAACAUCAAGUUCCUUUUUGGUAUCUAAAACUGUAGCUGCUGCUACCCCACAAUCUACAGCUGCUUCAUCUUUGUGUGGUAUGCAAAGUAUCAAGGAAUCAAAUCAAAAUAAGCGUCACUGCAACAAUGCUAGAAGCUCAUCAGUCCUGCCUUUACCCGGUAAAGAACUGAUAGUUAAAGUACCACCAGAAUUGCCUAAAGUACAACCUGCAAGUGUAGUGGCAAUAGAGACUAAAAGGAGGAUGUCGGUUUUUGAAGAAGAAAUAUUGAGUGUCUUGAAGAUGAUAGCCCAUAACAUCAACAACAAACCAGAACCUCCUCCAAAACCAACAUUUGAAGAUUGUGAAAAGAAGUUGAAUGAGCUUGGGUGGCCCAAAGAUGAUCCGUUGCACCUAGUUGCACUCACCAUUUUUUGUGACGAAAAAGAGAACUAUAGGGAAAUUAUGGAUGAAAUUAAACCCGGAGAGGUGUGCUAA